GUCAAAAAAGUACAACAACUAUCAUGGCUCAUAUGGCGACUCUAAGAUCGAUCUCCAUGAGGCAGGUAGCUUCGGCUGCUCGUCCCCGCAACGCUGCUAUCGCGCCCGCUUCCCUCCGCUUUAUUCGCAUCCGCAGCUCCAGCAACCCUGCGCCCGCGGUCCCGGAGGCAGCGCCCGUCAAGGAGUCAAAGCCUGUAACCGAGACUCCUCUUCCCGAGUCCUCCUCUUUUUCUGGACAGAACACCGCUCAACCUGAGCCGGAGAUCCUCUCAAAAGAUCAGGCGGCGGACAAAUCAAAGCCUGCGUUCGAUGGCAUGCCAUCAGCAGCAGAUAUGUUGGACGCUCUUGAAGGCGCAAAGGCGGAAGGUGUGAAAGAUGAGGGUGCAAAGGAGAGCUCAUCCGAGGAGGAGCCUCGCGGACCCAAGAAGGAUUAUGUUUCGUCGCUGGAUCGCAAGCGUGAGCAGCGCGCCCAGUUUGCCAUGUACGGUUUCCUCGGUGCCCUGAUCGGUGCUGGUAUCUAUAUGGGAAGGCCGUUCGAUGAUGCGGUUGAGGCGCAAAGACACAAGGAUGUGCCUAAUGAUUACAAUCCGCUUAGCUUUUGGGAGAGACUGAGGGCAAGGUGGACUGCUCAGACCGAAUACUACACCAAGCCUGCCUUCGAGAAGCUCCUCCCUGAGCCGCUCCCAGCACCUUACCAGCGCCCAUACACCCUUCUCCUUGACCUCGAUGAUCUUCUCAUCCAUUCUGAGUGGAACCGUGAGACUGGUUGGAGAAUCGCCAAGCGCCCUGGACUCGACUACUUCUUGGGUUACCUUUCUCAGUACUACGAGCUCGUUAUCUUUACUUCUCAGCCCGCAGGAAUCGCCAUGCCCGUUGUUGACAAGCUCGACCCCUACAAGUCCUAUAUCUCUGCCGCCUUGUUCCGCGAUGCCGCCCUCUACAAGGAUGGUAAAUACAUUAAGGAUCUGACGUACCUCAACCGUUCCUUGGACAAGGUCAUCACCAUCGACCACAACCCCGAUGCGUGGUCCAACCAGCCUGAAAACGCCAUCAAGCUGAAGCCAUGGACGGGCGACAGCAAUGACCGUGAGCUUGUCGGCCUCAUUCCUUUCCUCGAGUACGUCGCGAUCAUGGGCUUCGACACUCGUGAAGUCUUGAAGCAGUUCGAAGGAAAGCACGUUCCUACCGAGUACAUGGAGCGCGAGAACGCUGCCAGACAGAAGAUGAUCGCCAACUGGGAGGCCGAGAGGGCUGCCAAGGGAGGCAAGGGCAAGGCUGGAUUCAUGGGCGGUUUGCUCGGUGGCUCCAAGUCUUCCCGCAAGGACCAGCCCCCGAAGUUUUUCAUGGAUGAGGCAAGGGAGCGCGGAUUGCAGGGUUACCUUGAGUUCAAGCAGUACCUUGAGAAGAACGGUGAUGCCAUGAUUGCCGAGCAGAAGGCUGCUGAGCAGAAGCAAAUGCAGGAUAUGACAAUGAGCUUGCAGAAGCUUUUGUUCGAGGGCGCACCCAAGCCGGGCCAGCCGCAGCAGCAGCAGUAAAAGGAGGUUGAAUGAUAGCAUGUGCGGAUCUGUAAGA